AUGGCUUCUGAGCUGUCAUCAAAUUGGAAGAAGCUUCAGGCUCAACUCAAGGCCGCGCCUCCUUCUUCCACUACCGGGGCAGUGAAGAGAAAGGCGGACUCUUCAACCCAGCAGCCAACCAAAAAACAGAAGCUCAAGUCUGAGAACAAGCCCGCCCCGAAAGCCGCUCAAAAACCCAGCCAGAAGAGUUUCCAGAAACCCACCAAACCGAAGGGCGACCGGAUGGGUGUUGCACAGAGUUCCAAGGUUGAAGUCGACCUGGACCCCAAACUCAGGACCACACCUUCCCUCGCACUCUGGGCUGCAGACAAUGACGUCUCUUCAGAAGCACUGGCCGAGGCGUACGGUCUGGGGCUGAAGAAUAACUCGAUGCUUGCAUCAGAUAAAGACAAGGUCAAUGCUGGUCUUACAGAAGGACUUAACGUUGGGAAGUACAUCGCCAUGGACUGCGAAAUGGUCGGGGUCGGGCAAGGAGGGUACGAGUCUGUGCUGGCUCGGGUGAGCAUCGUCGACUUUCACGGCCGCCAGGUUUACGACUCAUACGUGAAGCCGCAAGAAAAGGUCACCGACUGGCGGAGCGCUGUGAGCGGUAUCCUGCCGAAGCAUAUGAGAUUCGCUCGAGAUUUCAACGAGGUACAGACGCAGGUCGCUGCACUGCUUAAGGACAGGAUACUGGUCGGUCAUGAUGUGAAGCAUGAUCUGGACGCUCUCAAGCUCAGCCACUCAAUCAAGGAUAUCCGCGAUACCUCCAACCACCCAGGCUUCAAAAAGUUCGCCAACAGCAGGAAACCAGCGCUCAGGAAAUUGGCAGAGGAGAUUCUAAAAGUCACCAUCCAGACCGGCGCUCACUCGAGUAUUGAAGACGCGAGGGUAACGAUGCUGCUGUUCCGCAAGCACAAACAAGCCUUUGACGUCGAUCACGCGAAUCGCUUCCCCGGCUCUGGGAACACAUCUUCAAAACCGAAACCAAACUCAAAAAAGACGAAAAAGAAGAAAUGA